AUGUCCGGACUCGCAGAAGCUGAUCAGAAGGAGCUGCAAUCGUUCCUCGACGCAGAGCAGGCCAAGGCCCGUGUGCAGUCGUCGAUCCACACCUUCACAGACCGAUGCUGGGACCAGUGCAUCAAGUCGUCCAUCGGCUCGAGCUUCGGUCGUGGCGAAGAGGCGUGCCUUAGCAACUGCGUUGAGCGUUUCUUAGAUACCAGCUUGUUCAUCGUCAACAAGUUGCAAGAGCAGCGAGGACAGAUGGGUUAA